AAGUCCAUAAACUGUAACCUUAAAAGUCAUAUGAUCUUAGCCGUCAAUUAUCUGGUCAAAACAAUUGACAGUCAGAAUUUUGUCGCAAAGGCCCAACAAAAACAUUUGGGCCUUUGGCCUCUCUCGAUCAUACUUCGUCUUCUGCACCUCAUUCCCAUCUUCUCUUUGGAUCAAAUCAAGAUACCAACAUCAUUUACGCCCUUCUCAUUUUCUUCUCCAAAGUUCUCAAUCUAGAACCAUUCUUCAAUCUUUCUGCUAAUCUUUCCUUUUUCUUGAAAACCAAAGAAGUUCUUAUUGAUUAAUUCUACCUCCCAAAUCGAACCCUAGUUCAAUCUCUUUCAACGUGCGUUGGAGAAGUUCUUUGUAUUCAAAACCAAAACCCUGCAGGCAUUUGUCAGAUUACAAUCUCAGACAUGGCACCACUACCUUCAAAAAUUUGCAUGAGUUCAUCAAAGCUGGCCCAAAUGGCACAGCUAGAACUGAGGGUAUCGAGGUACCAAGAUGCAGUUCCUGUAAUGGUUUUGGCUCAGCUCUUAGCUUGGAAUAAUCUCGGUGAUCCCCUCAUUAAUCUACUGAACCCAACUCAACAACCUCCAGUCCAACCACAAGAACCUCUUCCAGUUCCCCAUAAUGAUCACCAGCACGCUCCUGCUCUUAAAAAGAUGGUAACCGAACAGCGAGGUGCUCCACCUCUUCAUCAUAACACUACUUUUAUACCUCAUCCUUUGAACACCAACAUAACUUUGGAACCUUAUCCUAUUGGUUUCAAAAUACCUCAGCUCGAGACAUAUAAUGGAACAAAGGACCCAGUUGAUCACCUACAUGCUUUCUACUCCUCUGUUGAAGAAUAUGCCUUGUCACAGAAGCCAGUUCUUCCUAAGAACCAAAACCCAGAUUGGAGAGAUGAGGGUAGUGCAUCAGACAUCAUAUACUAUCAUUUUUUUGAGAGCCUAUGGCUGGAUCCAGCUCUACUACAGAAGUAUGAUGGUCCCAUAUAUGGCUUCAAAAACCAACCUGUUAAGGUUGAAAGGGUCCUUAUCCUUAAUGUCGCGUUUGGAAACAGUCGGACUUAUGUGAAUCCCUCAGUUCGGUUUUUGGUUGUCAAAAUGGCUUCCUCUUUCAAUGUGGUUAUUGGCCAACCUACAUUAAUAGAGAUUCGAGCUGUGGUCUCUCAAUCUCGCCUCUGUAUGAAAUUCCCAACCCCUAUGAGAACAGCAACAUUACGAGAGGAAAGAGCAGAGCAAAUAGCUUUCCUCCGAGCUAACAAAGAUGUCUUCGCUUGGAUCUUAGCAAACAUGCCAAGGAUUCCAACCUCGGAAGAGGUAGAGAAACUCCUACAAGCUGAUUUUGUUAGAAGAGUUGAUUAUUGUGAGUUGGUAGCCAACCCAGUGUUGGUCAAGAAAGCAAAUAGUAAAUGGCGAAUGUGCAUCGAUUAUACAAAUCUCAACCAAGCUUGUCUCAAAGACUAUUAUCCAAUGCCGAACAUUGAUAAAUUGGUUGAAGCGGCUUUUGAAAAUGAGAGACUAAAUCUUUUAGAUGCAUAUUCCGGUUAUCACCAAGUCCCGAUGGCUCCUGAGGAUGAAAAGAAGACCUCGUUCUAUAUAGGCAGGAAUCUGGAAAUUUAUGUUGAUGACAUCGUGGUGAAAAGCAUGAAAGCAGAAGAUCAUUUGGCUGAUCUCGAUGAGACAUUCAACAACUUAAAAAAGAACAGAAUGCGAUUAAACCCAACAAAGUGCAUCUUUAGGGUGGAGUUUGGAAAAUUUCUAGGCUUCAUGGUAUCCAAGAGGGGGAUUGAGAUUAACCCAGAGAAGAUUAAAGUAGUAGCCGAGAUGGAGCAGCCGAAGUCAAUAAAGGAUGUCAAUUCAGUCUACGAGGUGGUUGACUCCAUCAUGGUCAAAUAUGUAGCCCUGGUGGCCGAGCUGAACUCCAGAUCAGUUUUUGUUGAAGGUCUAGAUGAGCCUAGCUUUCAAAAGCCAAAGAUGAUGGAGAUCAGCACAGAUCCAAACACACCAAGCUGGACAGACCCAAUUGUCUCUUUCUUACGAGAUGGAUCAGUGCUUAGAGAUAAGCAAGAAGAGAUGAGGUUAAGGAAGAAAGCAUCUCGAACUCUGGCUCAUAAAGUCCUUAAACAAGGAUAUUACUGGCCAAAUAUGUACAAGGAUGCCACCUCCUUUGUACAGAGCUGCCCGAAGUGCCAAUUCUUUGCACACUUAACUCACCAACUAGCAGAAGAGCUCACUAACUUGGUGGCACCAUGGCCAUUUGCUCAGUGGGGACUUGAUCUUUUAGGCCCAUUUAUGAAAGGGAUUGGACAUGUAAUCCAUCUGAUUGUUGGUAUUGAUUAUUUUACGAAAUUGAUUAAAGCUUGGCCAUUAUCCAGCCUUACCUCCAAAAAGGUUGAAGACUUUGUUUUCAGCUCAAUCAUCUGCAAAUAUUGGAUCCUGAAUCAGAUUGUGGCUGAUAAUGGCACUCAGUUUAACUGUUCUUCAUUCAGAGAUUUCUGCUUCAGUUAUGGAAUCAAAUUACAGUUUACCUCGAUAUACCAUCUAGAGUCUAAUGGUAUGGUGGAAUCUGUCAAUAAAGCUAUUCUAGAGGGAAUAAAGCCAAGGUUGGAGCAACACAAGGCCAGCACCAAAGUAGUCAUUCCUAUUGAAAUAGGAGUCACAAUCUUCAGGGUCACCCAUUUUGAUGAAGGACGAAAUGGACAACUGCUUCGGGAGAACCUUGACCUGCUUGACGAAGUCAGAGAGGAAGCAUGACUUUGAACUUUGGUGUACAAGCAGAAACUAGCCAACUUUUACAACAAACGAGUUUGACCUCG